CAAUGUCAACUGAUUAAAGUUAUGCAACAGUUUGAAUAUAAGCAUUCUAAUUCCCAGGAUGUCUGGAGCAGAGCACCCAUGGAAAUGCAGCUCAGGUGGUAACCAAAGCAAGGUGAGAUCGAAUGGAACACUAGGAUUUCAACAUCCUGUCAGGCUUUGUGUUCCAAAGUCAAGGUUACACGAAUAUUUGCAGGACAUUGGCAAGAAAGCUCUAGCCAGUUUUCCUGUUCAGGCUACCAUUAGUUUUUAUAAUGAUGACUCGGAUUCAGAAGAAGAGGAAUCAGAAGACAGCAUGAUAGAAGGGCUUCAGAUGCACAGAAAUGGUGAGAUGGAUUUAGAAACAGACGAAACCUGGACAUUUCAAAACUCCCAGGAAAUGCUCCUAGAGCUACGGAAAGAAAAUUAUGAAUCAUCAAAAUGAAUGGAUGAACUGGUUAAAUCAGAAUGUAACACCUUUGCAAACGAACGCUAGCACAGUUCUCAGCAUAACAGGGAAAUUUGUACUCUUAUUUAUUGUCCACACAAGUUUUGCUCUGUUGAGGACUGCAUUUUCAAGGUAAUCCUGGAAAGGAAUUGUGUAGAGUUGUGUUGGCGCUGUGUGCAAAAGCUGAACUUUUAUUUAAUAAGCCAGCACUGUAAUACAAUGUAAAGUGUGUAAAAACACAGGAGUGCACACCUCUUCCUUGAAAAUGACUGGAUGUCUUAACUAACAGAACAUGUGCUGUUUCAAAGGUACAGCUCAAGAUGGUGAUGAUAGCUAAGCUACUGAUCUAGUAAAUAAGGUGUAGACACUGUGACAAUAGAUAUUUACCAAGAUGGUUCAUAAGGAACAGGAAAGUCAUGCAAUCACUAAGAAUCUUCACUGUAUCCUUCUUACUGUAGAUGUCAUACAGUUUUAUUGAAUGCCUAGUUCCUUUUGAAAGUAAAAUCAUUUGAUUCAGACAUUUUAUCUAACAAAAUGUAUACAGAUUGAUGAAUAUACUGUUUAAAACUGGACAUUAGCAAUACUAGAAAUAUUUCAUGUUGAAUAACCUGAUACACAGAUGUGCAGUCGCAUUAUAUAUUGACAUAUUUCUUGGAAUUCAAAAUGACCAUUUAGAAAUGUAAAACCUAAAGACAAAAAAUAAAUGUUAGGCCCAGCCA